AUGACCGAACCCUUCUCGAACCCAACUACGACGCCGAAGCGCAAGCGAGACGAACAUGUUCCGUUAUCUCCGAUAUACACUACCUCGAAAUUCUCCUUCCAACUUCCCGAUGCUAAGAGCGACGAGGACGGAAGUGCGAGCCCUCACAGCAAGGUCGUCCACAAGUUUCGUGGCCUGGCACUGAGUGGCGGCGCUGGUGGUGGUAGUGGUGGGGGCGGGGUAGCCCAACAACAUACUCGAGAGCAACAGAACCGAGAGGGUCCAUACGACCCGACGCGUGACGACCGGCACGACGGAUACAGCGACGACGGCCCGUUCGCAAGUCGCAAAAGAGCCAAGGUCCCCGAGCUGGAGAUGAAGGACGCCGACGCCGACGCCGACGCCGCAGAACCCUUUGUCAUUCCGGACCCCGAUGUCAAGAGUGACCCGGUUUCCGCCGCGAAGCUCAAGUCAGUCACAGUCGUUGAACCCGAUGCGACUGCCGGAGAGAUUCUUCAGCCCGUUGCAAUGACUGCCGCCGCUACGAAAUUGCAGCGCCCGCACGCCUCGAUCAGCCGACUGCAAGACCCUAAGACUAGAGAACGAAGACGCGCCGGCACCCCGCCGCUGAAGGGCCGCAAGGGCAAGGGCGCAGAAAUACAAGAUGAGGACCACGAGAUGAAGAUUGUGGAUCCGGUCCGGGCCGCGCUGACAUGGAAGGAGGAAGAGAUAACGAUUUACGACCCAGAGGACGAGGACGACGACGGCACAGGCAUCAAUGGAGUUGGGUUCAUGCCGACGGCCGCCAUGGCCUACGCGCGGACGCAGAAGCGACGGCUGCAGCUGGCCGAGUACAAGAAACGGGAGGAAAGCGAGGCUAGGGCCCGGCGCAACCAGCGGCGAAGGGGCAGCGGCCCUGGCUUGGUUUCCAAGCUAGACUCCAAGUCAUCUGGCAGCGGCGGCGGCGGCAGCGUGCGAAAGGUUCGUUUCACGGAGGUAGAACCGAAUCCGGUCGCGACGAACGUGUGA